UAAAUGCUGGCGUAGUAGCGAGAGCGAGCCUAGGGACUGGGCAGAGCGGAGGAGUUCUAGGGGUUGUACAGGCCAGAGAGGACCCUAACUCCUUGUAUUAGGGGUCCUAGGAUCCCCCUCUUGACUUAGGAAGGCCUUUGGGAAUUGCUCAGAGGCAGGGGAAUAUUUGAAGACCCCACCCGACCCACCAAGCAGCAGCAGCUGGGGCAGGAGCUGAAGGAGCUGAUGAACGCGGAGCAGACCUUGGACCAGCUCAUUCAGAGUUGCUCGCUGACUUUCAAGCACCUGACUGAAGAUAAUGCCAACAAGAAACUGGCCUACGUGACCUACCAGGAUAUCCGUGCUGUUGGUAACUUCAAGGAGCAGACAGUGAUUGCGGUCAAGGCCCCUCCACAGACAAGGUUGGAAGUACCGGACAGACCGGAGGAGAACCUGCAGAUUUAUCUAAAGAGUACCCAAGGCCCCAUUGAAGUCUACCUGUGCCCGGAGGAGGGGCAGGAGCCAGACAGUCCUGCCAAGGAGACCCUCCCCUCCACCUCUACCCAGAGCCCCGUCCCUGACUGCGCUCAGCCCAGCUGCAGCACUGACUCUGGGAUGGCAGAGACUAUAGAGUCUUCAGUACUGAUGCCUGAGCCGGUACCACCACCGCCACCACUGCCACCGCCGCCAGCACCAUCGCUCGUCCCCUUGGAAGCCACUGACAACAUGCUGGAGCUGUCACACCCACUUCUGCAACAGACUGAGGACCAGUUCCUGUCCCCAAUCCUGGCGGCCAGCUCCCCUCUCAUCAGUUUCUCUCCGCCCUUGGACCAGGACGAGUACCUGUGGGGCAUGGAUGAGGGGGAGGGUAUCAGUGACCUCUUCGACUCCUAUGACCUUGGGGACCUGUUGAUUAAUUGAAGAGUCCUGCAUCUGUCUCUACCUCCUCACAGACAGAUUGACAGGCUCUCUGCCCAGAUUGGGGACACUGGACACCAGGUGUCACCCUCCGUAUGCAAGCGACUCCAUUCCAGCCUUCCUUCGGGUGGAGGCCAGCUAGGGAGAUGUGGAGGAUAUGGCUGAGGAGUGUAUCGGGCUAAGCCCUGAUCCUCCUCGUCUGACCUCUGACCCCUUCAUGAAGGACUACAGGUGCAGGUGGCCAUGUUCAGGGAAAGGGUCCACUGCCUCCUGAGGGGCAGUAGGGCCCUGGCUUUUUCAAGAAGCACUUAACGCCUUUGUAUUUAUUUCAAGUUGAGUUGUGUUUGUUUGUCCACCCUGAGUUUUAGCAGGGAGAUUUGUUCUAGUUUCUCCUCAGACAGGCCUACCCAUGUUCGGUGCCUAAGGGCACCUCUAGGUUUCCAGGGGUCUAGGCUAACUCCUUGACCCCUGGCACCAUAAGUGGUACCUGGGUCUUGAGGAGACUAUCCAGUUUGCUUGAAUAUUAAUUGCACUUAGGCUUUGUGAUUUUAGUAAGUGCCGGGCCCAGCCAAGGCAUCGGCUUGAGAUCCUCCAUCUCCUCCAUCCUAGAGAAGGUUCCAGUAGCUAUCCUGGGGGAGGUAGCCAAGGAGGCUCGCUUCCUGUUGGAUCUCUUAUCUUUCCUGAGUCUCAGAAUAUAAAUGUAGACCUUCAGGAACAAGCCCAGAAGAGCUGGGAAAAGCAGGAGGCAUGUGUGUGUCAUGGCUCCUGGAUGCCCUUCCUCAGAGCUUCUGUCUUGGUCAGAGACUUGGAAGGUGGAGGCAGAGAGAAGUGUGAGAAGAAACGAGAAACAUCUUGGGGGCUGCCCUUGCUUCACUGGAUUAUUUUGUUUCUUGCGGUUGUUGGAGGGAGAAGUUCCUUAAACAUCCACUGUCUCGAGCCCUCAUUUCACUUCCAAGGUCAGAUGUGACAGGAGUUUGGAAGCAGGUUUGCACCUUCCCCCCCCGCUGGAGUGCUGAGGAGGGAGAUGGGGCAGGGGUGGAGUGCUCUUCCCUGCACACUAGGCCUCAGCAGCUCAUGAGGAGAUAGGCCGGCACCUGCCAUCUCUCCUGGCAUGGGGAUCUGGAAAGAGCUCUGGGUCUCACUUGUUUUUUCCCAUAGACUGACCAUCCAGGGUUCCUGUGGUCGGACAGGAGUCUGCUUUUCUCCCUUAUCUUUCUGGGGAUGGAGCUUAACCAAGGCCAUGUGUCUAGAGAAGUGACCCAGGGGUGAGGGGGUCUGAGAGGCCUUCCACCUACCCUCAGGGAGCCUGGGUUCCUCAGGGGCUCAGUGGGGCAGCACUUUUUUGUUAUUGUAAGUUUGUAGCAUUAAAUUGAUUUGAAAGAUGAAGUUGGCUAUGCCAGGUAGCUCCUAGCUAGCUGACUGGCAUUUUGAAGUUUGGAUGUAGAACUAAUAUGUACUGGUGCCCGUUUGGGUUAAUUUGUCUUACCCCUGGCUCAGCUUCCUGGGUCCACAAAGUUAGUCCUGUCCAAGGAGUGGUCAGUGACUCACAACUCCCCCACUUGAAAUUUGUCUACUUUUACACCAAGUGUCCAACCUUUUGACAUAUGUGACCUUGUUGUCCCUAAAGUUUACCCUCAAGAACUGCAUAGAUAAGCUACCAAAAAAAGAAAAAAAAAAUCUCAUGUUUUAAGUACGUUUACAACUUUGUGUUGGGCUGUGUUUGUAGGUGUCUGUGGCCCAUGCUGCAGGUUGGACACACCUGCCACAGAGAUGUCCUUGGUCUCUACUAAGCAUGGGGGUUUCUCAGACCACCUGGAAACCCAGUGUACUCUAGACACAAGGGGACCCUUGAGUGAUGAGGGUGCGACCUGGGAUCUGGUUUGACGCACGUGAGGCUGGAGGCGGCACUGCUGUUUCCUGGUCUUUGCCAUUUAGCUAUUCGCCAACUCCGAGAACAGAGAUGCCUGACCUCUGUGCCUUGGGCUCUGGGUGGAGAGCUAGCGUGGGGGAAGAGGGCUGUAGUUCCUGUCUGCAGUGAGGUUGAGAAUGCAGUCCAGAUUCAAGUUCAGUCACCAAAGGCCCAGCACAGGGAUGGAUGGAGGCCUUCCCAGCAGCUGCCUUUUGCUCUCUGUGCGGUCUCUUUUCAACCCUGCCUGGUCAAGGGGCUGGACCUUCUGGGAGAAGCCCAAGGCUAGCAUGGGAAACAAGCUCAUGCCUCUUUCUUGCCAAUGAUACUUGAGACCUCUAAGUUUCUUCGAGUGCUUUAAAAGAAUGGGGUGUACCCCGUUUGGAACACUGUUUUGAGUGUUAUGUCUUUUAGGCCCUAGGAAACUUUCAUGCUAGGGUGGGAAAGAUACCAGUUUCUUUCUGAGGGGGAUACUUUCUUCAGGGAGGUUUCCCAGCCCCACCAGUGUCCUCUGGUGAUGUCCCUGGGGACCCCAGAGCACUUAGUAGAAUUAAACUUGUAAAUAGGCUUGGAAAUGCACCAUGAAGAUGUCAGGAUAAGUCCCUUCUCCGUGGUGGCAUGGCCAGCUCGUGUGGCUGUGAGGAGCGGGAGUUUUGGGAGUUUACAGGGGGUGCAGCUUGGUUUCCCCUCCCUGUGUGUUCUCAGCCUCUCUUCUGCACAGAUUGGUGUUGUACAGAGUUUGCUCAUGCUGGCAUCUGGUGUUCUGUAGCUUUAGCACAUCUGAACCCUCUGGGGUUGAUUAGAAGCAGUGUGUUUGGUUUCUGUCGUACCCGAGGCCUCACCUCACCCAGGCCAUCGCUUCGCCUACAAGGCUCUUCAGGGAUCAUUGUGGCUACUGGUCUGGCCAGUCUCUGGCUCCUGGGAGAUAUGAAGUCUUGUGGGUUUUGAUUGUUUUGAGGAUGCCUGGGGUUGGGAGGGGGCGGUCUGGAGUCCCUGGGUUGGGAUUCCAUGUGGGUCACCUACCUCCUGGUUUUACCCAAAGUCCUGCCUUGAACAACCAGCAAGUUUCAUUCUGUUGUGAUAAUUGGGCAUUAAAUAAUGGCAGCUCUGGUAA